AUGUGUGAUCAACCAAUACAGAUAGCUGUUUUAGGCGAUAAAGCUGUUGGAAAAACAGCAAUAGUUCGUCAAUGGUUAUAUAAUGAUUUUUCCACAGUAUAUUCGGAAACAAAUAUAGCAUCAUACCAUUUUACAUCAUUAUUUAAUGGUCAACGUUUAUUUCAUAUACGUAUUAUUGAUACACCACGUUUUGAUGAUACAAAUAAUACUGAUCCUCAACAAGAAUGGGUACGAAUGUAUUGUUUUCGUCGUGCACAUCUUUUUCUAUUAGUAUUUGAUAUAAAUCGUGAAGAAACAUUUAAUUAUAUAAAACAUAUUUAUCGUGAAAUAGCUCGUGUACGUCUUGGUGGUCAUCAUCAAUAUUAUCAUCAUCAUUCACAUUCACAUUCACAUUCACAUCAUCAAUCACAAAUCCUUGCUGAUCUUACAAAUGAUGAUGAAGUUGAACAAAUAACAACAAUAGCAACAAAAACAUAUAUACCUGUUAUUGUUGUUGCUAAUAAAGUUGAUUUAAUCUCAACUGAUUUAAGAUUUUCCAAUAUAACAUUGACAAAUUCACGUGAUAUACAACAAUAUGUAAAAAAAACUUUUAAAGCUAAUACAAUACAAUGUUCAGCAAAAUUUCAUUGGCAUUUAGUUUUAUUAUUUAAAGAAGUUUGUCGAAUGUUAGAAACUGUUGAAGAUACUGUUGCUAAACAAGCGGCACAACAAGCAAGAAGAUGGCUUCAACAACAACAUCAUGGAAAACAUUGUCAUGUUAUGUAA